UUGGAACACAAUAUCGCAUCCGAAAGCACUCCUACUUCAUCGCAUCAUCUAAACCCAAACAGAAAACCUCUCACAAAUCAGCGUGCUGAUAAGCAUGCUUAUCUAUAUUUACACUUACACAUCGGUGUGACAAUGUCCCAGGUAGACACGAUUGAUUCAUCAUCAAAUAGAUAUGCGGAGCAUGGUUCAGAGAGUGAAAACAAAAAGAUUGAAACACCUUUAUUCGGUCGAAAAUGGACGUUUUAGAUGGUGUUCCAAAGUGUGUUUUGGGUUACCAGGUAAAAUCCCGUACGCAGAUCGUCCUCAGUUUCCUGAUUCCGGUGAUAUUCGAACUGCUGGUGUACACCGUUGUCAUGACGGCCGAUGUUUUGGUGACGAUCGAACAUUUCCGAAACGAAAAUCAAACCUGGGCAUGGUUGACACUCAGUUUCAUGUGGUUACCGGCCGUGGCCUGCUUUUCGGCUAUACUUUCAUCGCCGAGUCAGUGGCCCGAAACCGUGGGAUGCGACGAAAGGACCGGUAAAUUUGUGCUGAAGAAUUUAUUGGUGUUGACACUGUUUCCAGUGGCUGCAGUUUACCGAUUCAACCGAAGAAUAUUUUGGAGUAUCGAGGCACUAUUCCAUGAGCGAACCUCCUACGGAAGAGUUCAGGCAGUGUGCAAAAUAAGAGAAACCUCACCAUACGAGUUGUACCAUUUCCUGCAAGCUUUCCUGCAGUCCGCACCGCAGAUGUUUCUGCAGUUGUACAUUCUGCUACGUGACAACACCUUCCGGAACUACGACACGGUAUCGGUACAGAUUGUCAGUGUGGUGUUUUCCUUUCUCACGAUGUCGGCCAUCAUUACAUCGUACCAACGGUUCGAGAGUCAAAAGAUUGUCGGCCGAUGCUAUCCGUGGAGCUCCGAGGGACAAGUUAAAGCCCGGCGAAGAGAAUUUCUACGGGCAACUAGCACGGCCGAGAGCGUACUGGCGAGCAACAUUACGCCCAGCGGCCCCCAGUCGGAUCCGGUCGUAACCAACAUCAUGAGAAACUUCUACUCGAGAUACGGAGAAGAACAGCAGCCCUCUCCCAGUACUUCGGGAAUCGGCCGGAAAACCAUGUACGUAGACCAGUCGAACUAUGACUCGUACUCGUCCAAAAAACACAAUGAUCCAUACUUGAACUACACGGAUGACGAUAAGUUGACAGUUUCCGAUACCGUUGAUUCCCUCUCGCCGACAGUCAGCUUCAAGAAAGAUCUGAUCGAGAACAUCGACGACAUUCGAGAAUACCUGCACCGGACGGACGAAUCGAAACUGAACACCGGUGUCGACGACAGUGACGAUGACUACGAAGCUCCUGUUUUCGUGGAAACAUUCGAUCGAAGCCCUCGGACACCGGCACCUCCGACGCCGGCAGCUUACAUUAUGAACCGUGCAUCCGUGCUGAAAGACAUAUUCGUGUUCAAUGCGGAGAACUUCAUCAAAGACCAUGUGCCGCGACUGCCCGAUGGAAUGUUCGAACAUGACGAGAAGAAAGUGCCGGAUCAAGUCGACGCGGAUCAGGUGUCACUUCCUUCUCGCCGGCAAAUGAUCAACGGGCUAGAAGAGGAUGAUCUUAUAGGAAAGUCAGUUCUGUUCGCCGGAUGGGUUAUGUUCCUGUUGAUGCGGAUGAUUGCUCUAUCCGUAUUCUACGUGUUUUUUGCUACCUAUUUCUGGAUGAUUUGUCUGAACCACUACAUACUGAUGAUCGCGUGCAUCAUCUACGAAGUGCGUUUCCACGAAAAGUUAGAGCGAUACUAUUUCUAUCUAUUCUUGGCCUACAUCUACAUGUUCAGCUUGUUGGAAUUCAAAAUCCGGUUCAUCCACGUGCGAACCUGGUACGUAGGCUACAUCGUGCUGGUCUUCGUCGAGAACAUUGCGUUAAGUGUUCUGUGGUACAAUCUGGGCACUUUCGAGUCCUGGUGGUUUGACUUUUUGCACUAUAUCACCAUUUGCAGUGGUACCCUAAGCCUGCUUUGUUUGCUGUUCUAUUAUGCCUUUUUGAAACCUAAAGAUAAGUUGCUCUUUGUUAACUGAUGGAACGUUUCCGGUACCUGGUGAAACUACUGUCGGUUUUCGCUCGAUACCGAACCUAACUCAGUGUUCACCCUACAGGCUGUCAAACCGUAGGCCGGUUUCAGUUGCUUCAAACGAAAACGACAUAUUAUUGCUUGAUAUGACACAAUAUUUAUGUUUAUUUAUUGACGAAUAAUAGUACUUUUGUAUUAAGAUCUUAUGUAUAAAGAUAAUUUUAAUU